UCUCUCUCUCCACGGCCCCUGUGAAGCAACAACCUCUGACAACUUCUCGAGGACAUUCACACACUUAUUUCAUUGUUUUCAGUUCCAGACAGAUCACCUUAGGUAUGGUCAAGCACGGGCUUCAAAAUGUGUAUGUGGUGGACCGCAAUGCCACCAUGCCUCCUAUACCGCCCAGGCUGGGCCAGAGACAAUGGCGAGCAGGGGCGGCACAGACCCUGCUGUUCCUGCUGGUGAGUCUGGCAUUGUGCGGCAUCACCAUCGAAGCCUGCCUCAUCUACCGUCUCUACGUACUCGAACCUGCUGCCUCAGCAUCAUUCUCUAAGCUCUCUGGAGAUGUUAUUUCUCUCACUAAAGGACCCAGUCAAGAUGUUGUUUCUUCCAAACCACUUGCACAUCUGACAGGUGGACAAGAUGCAGUUCAUGGACCACAUAUCAUGGAGUGGAGCAUGAUUGCAGAUCCCCUACUCCAUGAUAUGUACUACAGAAACGGAAGCCUUAUCAUUCAGAAGGAAGGUUUUUACUAUGUCUAUUCAAAGGUUUUCUUCUUGGAGAGCGGUGUGUUUUACCACUCUGUAGAUAUGAAUACUGAAAGGUACCGUGGAGGAAGUAUCACCCUCCUGAGGUCCAGGAAAUACACCCCUGGAAAUGUUCAAUCCAACAGUUACCUGGGCGGAGUGUUUCACCUUUACCAAGACGACGCUUUGUUCGUGAGAGUCAGCGACACCUCAAAAAUCCAUCGACACAAAUCCUAUGAGAACAACUUUGGUGCAUUCAUGAUUUAAAUAUCACACUUAUUAUUCAUCAUUAUUAUAAAUUGUAAAGCUUUGUGAGUUGUACUCCGUCACUGGUACAACUUUGUAUAUACAGUAUAAGGCAAUUCUGGGCCUGUUCCCUCAUUGCCUGUGUGUCUGCAUUAUGCAGAAAUGUAUUGUGCGUUACUCUCUGUGUGGUCAGAACUUCUUCACAAUGUUCAAAGAGAAAGUGGGAAAAGGGCUUUUGCUUAUUCUCCCCCUGUGACUCGGAAUUUAUUGCAGAUUGACUUAAAGCUCAGCAAAUUAAUCUCACUCGUCACCUUUAAAACCAGAAUAAAAGAACAGGAGGCAGAUUCUAUAGGAUUGGGCUGUUUUUAACUUACCUGGUUGUGCGUUACACAUGUAUUUACCUGUGCUGCUGCCAAUCUUGGCUAGGUCUACCUUGAAAAAGAGAAUCUUAAUCUCAUUGGGACUUUCCUAGUUAAAUAAAAAUAAAACAAUCACCACAAAUCUAAAGGUUUGGAGUAGAAAUGUACCUAAUAUAAAUAUCUCGUCAUAGAUAUCAUUCAAAUUUUCCUCCAAUAAUCAAAAGCAUCCAAACUGUUCUUUUGUCCUUGCUGUAACACACACUUUCGCACCAUUUAUUUAUUAUUCCUUCAGUGGCGGAACGAGUGACAAAAAGGCUUUAAUCAUAUUGUAUUUUUGUACAAUAAUUUAUAGAAAAUAAAGAGAUAAACAGAUAAUUAUGGAAAAGAUCUUCUGGUUGUCUGGGAUGUUUCCUCUGGUCAUUUUCCGCAGUGAAGUGAACUCACUUCCUAUCGAGUCAGGUGUGGCCUCAGAGUAGCUCAGUAGCAACAAAGUCUCACCCCCUCAGUUCAACCACAUGACACGAUAUGUGGAGAAGAUUUUUUUUCAAUGCCACAGUGACACACAACAGUAUGAACUGAAUUACUGUAUAUAUAUAUAUAUUGCAGCAGCAAGACAAACACCAAACUACACAGGCUCCCCCAGAAUUCAGUGUAAGAUUUUACUGAUCACUCUCACAUCGCUACAUGAUCCGACUGCUUUAUGCUUCAGAACUUUUAAUCCCUGCUCUGACACCCCUGAGAUCAGAAAUUCGAAUUUUAUAAAUCCCACAAUCCAGGAAUUAUCAUUAUUCAAGUCAGCACACUUUAUAUCUUUGUCAAUUCCUCCCCACAGUGACAAGCGUGUUGACGUGCCUUGUGCAAAAGCCCCAUCACUUUCUGCAAGUACUAUUUGUCACACAUCGCUCAUGCACCCACUGUUGCACUUUCCAUUCAGCUGUGUAUCUGUUCGGAGAAGCCGCUUUGAAGAAACACCCACAGAGUUUUGUAUUUGUAAACUGGGGAGGAAG